AUGAAAGCUCCCGGGAGUCUGUUAUCCGCCCUUAUGUACACGACUUGCUUGGUGCCUCGGUCCCUUGCCAGCGGCAUCCAGUACUGUCGAGACGACCCACGGCUCUGCUUCGGUGUCACCAGCACCAAGAACGCGACAGCAGGUGGCCACGACAUCCAUGUCUCGCUGACCGCAACACCCUCCGACAACGGGGGCUGGGCAGCGGUUGGGAUUGGGAAAAAGAUGGCCGGUUCGCUGAUCUUUGUGAUGUACUCGGACACAGAUCGAACAUCGCCGGUAGCCAGCAUCCGCACCGUCGAAAGCCAUGACAACCCCACCGUCUUAAAGGACCACGGGACACACGUCGAAGUGCUGAAUACCUCCAUCACCGCGAUGGACCACCACGCCCAUUUCGUGUGUUACUCCUGUGAAGAGUGGUGGAAGACACCCAUCGCAACGGAGGGCAAGACAUCAUUCAUCUACGCCGCAAACCGAGCCCAAACCUUUGACAAGGCGGAAUCCGACUCUGUCCUCAUGUUCCACGAUGCCUACGGCAUUGUGGAAGGCGACAUGGACGAAGCGCUUCUCUCCUCUACAGACGAGCUCAUCCCCGCCAUCAGACCCGGCGAGACGACCGGUUUUGUCUUGCUAAACGAAAACGGGGACUUGAAGUCACACAAAGGUUCGCCGCUGCCCUCGUCCUGGCCCUCUCCGGGAACGAUCCACGGAGUCGUCAUGGGCGUGGCUUUCAUGGGAUGUUUCCCGGUGGGUGGGAUGCUGAUCCAGUUGCCACUGGGCCGUGCGUUCACAUAUCACUGGAUGAUUCAGCUGUGUGCGUUGCUGCUUGCCCUUGGCAGCGCCGGUUAUAUGGUGACUCGAUCGACACACUUCGAUCUCCAUAAGAUUCUUGGUCUUACGGUGGUCGGCGCGUUGGCGGUCCAGGCGGCAAUGGGCUACAAGCACCAUACAGUCUUUGUGCGGAUUGCGCAGCGGUCUGCGUACACGCUCGUGCAUAGGUGGCUUGGCCGGAGUCUCCUGUUGCUAGGAACCGUCAACGUUGCAUUAGGGCUCUACCAUAAACGCCGCCCCACCGGGGCUAUAAUGGCGUGGUUUGUCAUCUGGCUUGCUGAGCUUGUUGCGUAUGCUUGGGUCAUGCGACAGAAGCAACGGCGGAAGAGACAGCAGCACCAGCCGCAGCUGGUGGCAAAGGACGAACACGAGAUUGGGCUCUUUGAUCUUGGCAGCAGCGACUCGGAUGACUCUGAAGACUCUGAGUUUGAGGAGGAGGUGUGA